AUGAAGCAACUUAUGAAGCAACUUGUGCAUGAUAACAUCAAUCAGUUCAUUGGCAUAUGCAUAGAUAAACGCACUGAAUUUUAUGUGAUUUGGAAUCACUGUUUUCGCGGAACACUGGCCGAUUUGAUGUUUUUGAGUGGUGCCGAUGGUACUCACAAUAAGCUGAAAACAGAGAAUCAGGAUGGGCCAGCCUUUGAUAAAAAUUUCAAGAGCGCAUUCGUUCGUGAUAUAAUUCGGGGCCUUGAAUUUUUACAUUCCUCAUCAGUUGCAUAUCAUGGUUCGUUAACACCGUCACAGUGUCUGAUUGAUAGUCGCUGGAUUCUGAAACUGUCUGGUUUUGGCAUAUCAAAAUUGCUUUACAAGUGGAAAAUAAAAGGCUCAAUUGGAUCCAAGAAUGGCAUGCCACUGAUUGCGAAUUCAGGUAUAAAUCGAAAAUAA